CCCGGGCCCGGCGCCGGUUGGGAGGGAGGCAGGCGACCGAGAACAAGCAGCAGUUAGGGAUCCUGCGGGAGGCGGUGCUCGCGCCCGCGCCCGCGCCUGUGCCCGCGCCCCGUCCCGGGGGCUGCAGGUCCGCGGGACCGGGAGGAGAAGAAGGAAGAGGAGGAGGAGAACGAAGAGGAGCGGGAGGCGGCGCCGCCUCCGCUCCACAGCCCCCCGACUGCCUCUGCCCGUCCGCCCGCCCGUGGGCCGGCCCGCAGCCCCGCGCGGCCAUGGUGGGGGGGCCCGCGGGCUCGGGGCUGUCUCUGCCUCUGCCGCUGCGGGCCGGGCUCGGGGCCGGGGCCGGGGCCGGGGCCGGGGGGCUGGGCGCCCAGCAGCCGACGCUGCUGCCAUGAAGCGCCUCCGCGCCCGGGACAAGCCCACGGGCCCCGGGCCGGCCCGCGCCGAAGGGGGAGCCCGGAGGGCGCCCGGCGGCAGGGCUCCCGCUGAGCCGCGAGCCCCCGGUCCGGCCCCCGCGCCCCAGGAGCAGGAUGUUAAAGCCAAAGGACCCAGCCCCUUAAUCUUCCGGAAGCUCAGCAAUCCUGACCUGUUCUCCUCAAGUGGAAAAGCCAAGCUUCAUCGGCAGCUGAGUCAGGAUGAUGGCAAACUCCGGGGCCGGGGGAGCCUGGCCACAGCCCUGUCUCUGUCAGGCAAGCAGCUGCUGCCUUUGUCCAGUGGUGGGCACGGUGGCGGGGGACAGCCGCCCUGGCAGUGCUCAGGGGAAGCCUCCAACCUGGUCCGUAUGAGAAACCAGUCCCUGGGGCAGUCGGCCCCGUCGCUGACAGCUGGACUGAAGGAGCUGAGCCUUCCGAGAAGAGGCAGCUUAAUCUCUUCUCUUGGUCGAGGAAACAGUGAUGUCCACCCGCACUUACCCUCUUCAGCGUCGGCCCCGGCCCUGUGCCACCCCCAGCUUCCUCUCAGUGCUGACGGGGCCUUUGCCACAGCUCCUCCGGUCUUUUUCCUGAACCUGCCCGUCCACAGUGGCCUCGGAAGCUGCCACCCGUUCCUGUGGAGUUGUAGGACGAGCAACCGAAAGAGCCUGAUUGUUCCAUCCAGCACCUCCCCAACCCUGCCCCGGCCCCACUCACCACUCCAUGGCCACCCAGGCGGUAGUCCCCUGGACAGCCCCCGGAAUUUCUCUCCCAAUGCUCCAGCCCCGCACUUUUCCUUCGUUCCUGCCCGCAGCCAUGGACACAGAGCAGACAGGACGGAUGGACGGCGCUGGUCCUUGGCCUCUCUUCCUUCCUCUGGUUAUGGAACCAACACCCCUAGCUCCACCGUCUCCUCCUCCUGCUCCUCCCAGGAGAAGCUGCACCAGCUGCCCUUCCAGCCCACGGCCGAUGAGCUGCACUUCCUGACGAAGCAUUUCAGCAGCGAGAGCGUCCCGGACGAGGAGGGCCGCCAGUCGCCAGCCAUGCGGCCCCGCUCGCGCAGCCUCAGCCCUGGCCGCUCCCCAGUCUCCUUUGACAGUGAAAUAAUAAUGAUGAAUCAUGUGUACAAAGAAAGAUUCCCCAAGGCCACAGCGCAGAUGGAGGAGCGGCUGGCUGAGUGCAUAGCCUCGAACGCCACCGAGAGCGUGCUGCCCUUGGCGGACGGGGCCCUGAGCUUCAUCCACCAUCAGGUCAUCGAGCUGGCCCGGGACUGCCUGGACAAGUCCCGUGAUGGGCUCAUCACGUCCCGCUACUUCUAUGAACUUCAGGAGAACUUGGAGAAGCUUCUGCAAGACGCCCAUGAGCGGUCAGAGAGCGUGGAGGUGGCCUUCGUGACCCAGCUGGUGAAGAAGCUGAUGAUCAUCGUGGCCCGGCCGGCCCGGCUCCUGGAGUGUCUGGAGUUUGACCCUGAGGAGUUUUACCAUUUGCUGGAAGCUGCUGAAGGGCAUGCGAAGGAGGGCCAGGGGAUCAAAUGUGACAUCCCGCGCUACAUCAUCAACCAGCUGGGCCUCACUCGGGAUCCGCUGGAAGAAAUGGCCCAGCUGAACAGCUACGACAGUCCAGACACUCCUGAGACCGACGACUCGGUUGAGGGCCGCGGGGCCAUUUUGCAGGCCAAGAAGACGCCGUCCGAAGAAGAGUUUGAGACAAUCAAGCUGAUCAGCAAUGGCGCCUAUGGGGCCGUGUUCCUGGUGCGCCACAGGUCCACCCGGCAGCGCUUUGCCAUGAAGAAGGUCAACAAGCAAAACCUCAUCCUGCGCAACCAGAUCCAGCAGGCGUUCGUGGAGCGCGACAUCCUCACCUUCGCCGAGAACCCGUUUGUGGUCAGCAUGUUCUGCUCCUUUGAGACCCGGCGCCACCUGUGCAUGGUCAUGGAGUACGUGGAAGGGGGAGACUGUGCCACGCUGCUGAAGAACAUCGGGGCGCUGCCCGUCGACAUGGCACGCAUGUACUUUGCCGAGACAGUGCUGGCGUUGGAGUACCUGCACAACUACGGCAUCGUGCACCGGGACCUCAAGCCCGACAACCUCCUGAUAACAUCCAUGGGUCAUAUCAAACUGACCGACUUUGGGCUGUCCAAAAUUGGCCUCAUGAGCCUGACCACCAACCUGUACGAGGGCCACAUCGAGAAGGACGCCCGCGAGUUCCUGGACAAGCAGGUGUGUGGGACCCCCGAGUACAUCGCCCCCGAGGUGAUCCUGAGACAGGGCUACGGGAAGCCGGUGGACUGGUGGGCCAUGGGCAUCAUCCUCUACGAGUUCCUCGUGGGCUGCGUCCCUUUCUUUGGGGACACCCCGGAGGAGCUCUUUGGACAAGUGAUCAGUGAUGAGAUUGCGUGGCCCGAGGGGGAUGACGCCCUCCCUCCCGAUGCCCAGGACCUCACCUCCAAGCUGCUGCACCAGAACCCCUUGGAGCGGAUGGGCACAGGCAGCGCCAGCGAGGUGAGGCAGCACCGCUUCUUCAAGGACCUGGACUGGACGGGCUUGCUGCGCCAGAAGGCCGAGUUCAUCCCGCAGCUGGAGUCCGAGGACGACACGAGCUACUUCGACACCCGCUCAGAACGUUACCGACACGUGGACUCGGAGGACGAGGAUGACCCCAACGAUGACGACCACGUGGAAAUCCGUCAGUUCUCUUCCUGCUCCCCAAGGUUUAGCAAGGUGUACAGCAGCCUGGAGAGGCUCUCCCUGCUCGAAGAGCGCAGGACCCCGCCCCCCACCAAACGCAGCCUCAGCGAGGAGAAGGAGGACAGGCUGGACGGGCUCAGCGGCCUCAAGGGCAAGGACCGGGGCUGGGUGAUCGGCUCCCCCGAGAUAUUGAGGAAGCGGCUGUCGGUGUCCGAGUCCUCCCACACGGAGAGCGACUCCAGCCCCCCGCUCGGGGUACGGCGGCGCUGUUCGGGGCUGCUGGACGCGCCCCGCUUCCCAGACGCGGCCGAUGAGGCAGGCGGCAGCCCCCGGCAGAGCCAGCAGCUGGCAGAGGCCACAGCCUUUCUGACUCCGCAGCCCCGAGAGGGUGGCCCCGGGCCCGUCGCGGAGCAGCCGGGAGAGCAGAAGGCCCAGGGGGACAAGGAGCCAGGUGGGAGUCCCGGGAGCGUCUGUGCCCAGCAAGGCCGCCGGAAUAGCCACGAGGGCCUGGAGAGCUCCACGCCCAAGGCCAUCAGCGACCUGGCCGUGCGGCGGGCGCGCCACCGGCUGCUGUCCGGGGAGUCUGGAGACAAGCGCUCGCCCAGGCCCGCCAACAAGGUCAUCAAGUCGGCCUCCGCCACAGCCCUGUCCCUCCUCAUCCCCUCAGAUCACCAUGGAUGCUCCCCCUUGGCCAGCCCGAUGUCCCCCCACUCUCAGUCAUCCAAUCCCUCGUCCCGGGACUCCUCCCCAAGCAGAGACUUCUCUCCGGCCAUCAGCAACCCGAAGCCCCCCAUCGUCAUUCACCGAGCUGCCAAGAAGUACGGCUUCACGCUGAGGGCCAUCCGCGUCUACAUGGGGGACACCGAUGUUUACACUGUGCAGCACAUGGUUUGGCACGUGGAGGACGGGGGCCCGGCCAGCGAGGCGGGCCUGCGGGAGGGAGAUCUCAUCACGCACGUCAACGGCGAGCCUGUGCACGGGCUGGUGCACACUGAGGUGGUGGAGCUGAUCCUGAAGAGCGGGAACAAAGUGUCCAUCUCGACAACACCCUUCGAGAACACAUCGAUCCGAGUGGGACCUGCCCGCAAGGGCAGCCACAGGUCCAAGAUGGCCCGAAGAGACCGGAGGAGCAGGGCCAAGGACGGGCCCGAGAGCAGCAGGAAGAGGGGCUCCCUGUUCCGGAAGAUCACCAAGCAGGCGUCCUUCCUGCACACGAGCCGCAGCCUGUCGUCGCUCAGCCGCUCCCUGUCUUCUGGGGAGAGCGGGCCGGGCUCCCCCACCCACGGCCACGGCCACAACCUGGCCCCGCGGUCUCCCACCCAGGGCUACCGAGGAGCCCCCGAGGCCUUGCACUCAGUAGGUGGAAAUUCUUCCCAGAGCAGCUCGCCCAGCUCUAGCGUCCCCAACUCUCCGGCCAGCUCCGGCCACAUCCGGCCCAGCUCCCUGCACGGUCUGGCCCCCAAGCUGCAGCGGCAGUACCGCUCGCCCCGGCGCAAGUCGGCAGGCAGCAUCCCCCUCUCCCCGCUGGCGCACACUCCGUCGCCCACGCCCCAGGCCACCUCCCCCCAGCGCUCCCCGUCGCCUCUGCCCGGCCACGCCCUGACCGGCAGCCCCGCCGCCUUCCCCGGGAAGCUGCACUCCUCCCCGCCCCUGGGCCGGCAGAUCUCGAGGCCCAAAAGCGCCGAGCCGCCGCGCUCCCCGCUCCUGAAGAGGGUGCAGUCGGCCGAGAAGCUGGGGGCGGCCCUGGGGGCCUCGGAGAAGAAGCUGUCCGCCUCGCGCAAGCCGAGCCUGGACCUGCCCCCCUGUGAGGUCAGGAAGGAGCUGGGGCUGCCCGGGGAGCCGGGGGACAAGGCCCCCCUGCCCAAGGCGGCCUCCCGGAGCCUGGGCACCAUCCGGCACGACCGGGCAGAGCGCCGGGAGGCCCUGCAGAAGCAGGAGGCCAUCCGCGAGGUGGACUCCUCCGAGGACGAGGAAGACACGGACGACGACGGCUCCGAGAACAGCCAGGAUGGGCGAGGACAGGGGCCCCGCCGGGCCCUGCCCCAGCUGGCCCCCGAAGGAGGGCCCCCGGGCAAAUUCCUGCCGGCUCCCCAGGCCCAAGAGAGUGCCAAAGAGAGCGCCCGCCUGCCCCAGGAGCCACGGGGCAGGGCCCGGCCUCCCGCAGCCACCCCCGGGACUCCCGUGAGGACGCUGGCCGAUGAAGCUGCCCCCGGCACCGCGGCACGGCUGGGGUCCGACCAGCCCCAGGCCCCGGGGACCCAGGGCUCUCCCCAGGCCGCCUCUGGUUCUGAGGGUCCUCGGGGCGCAGCCUCCACCGAGCCCACACUCCCCCAAGGUGACGGGCAGGCCCAGCCCUGUCCCGAGCCAGCACUUACAGCACUUUGUCCUUGGCUGUCAGGAGGCCCCCUCCCUUGCCCCGGUCCACAUCCAAAGCAGGCCCCCGGGAGCGGCUCGGGCCCCGUCCAGCUCCGGCCUCUGCCCCUGCAGGUGCCCACCCUGGCCGAGGGCGGGCACGGCUGGGACGCAGCCUCGUCCCAGACCGCCAUGAGCCUUCAGCCGGGAUCCAAGCUGGAGGGCUCCUCCAAGCCUGGCCAGCCCCAGGCCACCCAGCUCACCAGCCCUUCCCAGCCCCUUGCCUACAUGACCCCCAGCCCCAGUCCUGCCCCUUGUCCACCUUGGGAGCCCAAGUGCCCCUGGGCAGAGAAGGAGGAACUAGCUUUAGGGAGCACCAAGGUGCCUGACGCUGCCGGGGACAGCAAACAGGCCCCCCAGUGCAAAGGGCACCUGCAGCCCCCCGGGCGGGAAGAGACCGUGCCGCCGAGAGCCCUGCACGAGCCCCAUGACUGUGCCCUGGCGCACGACGACCUUCUGAGAAGAACGUAGCUGCCGGCCUGGGCCCCGACCCCCCGUAUAAUAUAUGCUCAUGGAAACGCCUGGUGUGCCGCUAUCUCUGUGCCGCCCCGGGCCCGGGGAGCGUCCGUCCCCGCUUACAUCACCACCUCCGGAGCCGGGCUUGGGGCUGUGGUCUUGCCCCCCCCCCCCCCCCGGGCACAGGUGGGGCUGCCCAGGGGGUGCCGGGGGAUCGGCGUCUCCCACAGGCCCACAGGGGGAGGGGAGCCGCAGCCUCUCAUUGGGCCCGCCAUCUCCCUCCGGGUCCCAGGAGCCCGCUCCUCGGAGGGCAGACACAGGGUGGGGGAAGAAGGUGCUGGGGGGAGAUGGUCUUCCCGACCCCCAUCUGUGUCUCAAGGUGAGCCUCAAGGGAAGUGAAGCUGAGAGAUAGUGUGCGGGGGUCUGAGGGCCCCAGCUGCCUUGGCAAGAGUGGCCAUUGGUCCGGGGGUCCGGCGGUCCGGGCUGAAACGAAGCUGCCUCUGAGAAGUUGCUUUCUAGGGAGGGCUGGCAGCCAGGGGGCGCUUCUGGGCGAGUCGCUGCCAUUGCCUCCCCUCCUGCCCCUUCUGCCUUCCAUGAAAUUUUUGUUUUCCCUUAAUAUGCAAGUGAGGCCUCCUGUGACCCUGGUACUGAUGCCGAGGAGAUGGUGGGGUGAGGGGAAGUGGAGGACGGAGCCUUGGGGGCUUUCGAGUCGGGACCCCCAAUAUCUAGAGGCCUGGAAGUGUCCCCGGUGGGCUGAAAGGCAGGCUGGGAAUCAGCCCUCAGGGCUGCGGCAAACCGCCGAGAGCCGGCUGGGACUCUGGAAUUGCUGAGGGAGGGGCAAGGGCUGCCCAGGGGUCCAGCUUUGCCGAGGCCUUGACAAGCCUUACUCAGGAUGGGGGAGGGCUGCUACCCACAUGAAGUGCCUGGGAUGUGGGCCCUGUCCCCACCGAGCUUAGCAGCUGCGUGAGAAGCACCCACCCCAGCCGCGCAGCCAGGGAGCUUCUUGGGACAGUCAGAGGCCCCUCGAGAGGUCACCACCCUCCUCUCCAUCCCUGCCCUGCACCUCCAGGGCCUCGUAAAAAAGGAGUCCGUGAGAGGAGCUUCCGGCACAUAUUCCUCCCUUUCCCUGCACAAGUGGUGCCCAGGAGGCGGGCAUCUGCAGCGGAGGAACAGCGCCAUCUGGGCACCAGCUCCGCCCGGCUUGUCCCGCCCCGACCCCUGCACAUUCACCAUGGGAGGGUCAUCCACAGGCUUGUUCUGUCCGGGGUUCUGGAGGGGCCGUCUGCUGAACGGCCAUCAGGGCGGGCAGAGCCGACACCCAUCCGAGGCGGCCGGGGGCUCCGUCACCCCAAUUCCAAGCCAGGGCCUCCGUCACCGGGUCAUCUUUUGCAUUUAUCUGGGGCCUCGCCCCGUGCAGACGUGCAGGGGUGAUGCGGUCCUGCCCCAAAGGGAGCUCCCUAUCCAUUGAGGAAAGCACCACGUUCAGACCAGAUUCAAGGUUUUGGGGGAGCCAGGACACAGGCGAGGAGGGGGGAGAGGCGUAAGAAGAGUUUGUGAUGGAAGGGGGUGCUUGAGUCUUGGAGAAGGGGUUCCACGAGGCAGAGAUGAAAAGGGGGGCAGCCUGUGCAAAAGCAAGGGGUCCCGAUGGCUCGGCGCUCUCAGCCAGGUGACCGAGGGCAGGGGGAGGGUCUGCCGCUGCGGACCCCUGGGGAUGAGGGAGAAAAUUAGACGUACACUUGGGUAUCGGGGUUAAUCACUCGGUAGUCUCUUUUUUUCAGUAACGAUACUUGAGAUUGGGGCGGCUAGGUGGUGCAGUGGAUAGAGCACUGGCCCUGGAGUCUACUCUGGCCCCAGACUCUAGCUGUGUGACUCUGGGCAAGUCACUUAACCCCGACUGCUCCACAAAAUGAUAGUAAUACUUGAGAUUGUGCAUUCUCUGCUGCUAUCUUGGGGUCCUCAAGAUCUCCGGAAAGCCCAGCCCCCUUCCUCCAGGCCCAUGAGGUUUGAUCCCACCUUUCUCUGGGUUCUGGACCAUCCCUUCGCACAGCCCAUGGGGCGUCUCCACGUCUUUGGUGAAAGAGGAUGUUUCUUAUAGAAACACGGAGCCAGAGGCAGCUUCAGGCAGGGCAGGAGGCCGGGCCCAGCCAUCAUGGCACAGCGGCUCCUGGCCAGAGACAACCGGCUCGCGGGCCUCGUGGAGCCCACGAGUGAAACGGGGUGGAUGGGACCACGGGCCCCUCUGUGCUUUUUUCCGAGUCUUCCGCUUAAUGGCCCGCAAAGUUCUUCAAGCACGUGGUUCUCCCGAGCGGCCGGGCUCCCGAUCUGGGUCGAGGGUGACCACCAGCACUGAGGGGAGGCGCGCUCCCCGGGCCCUGCUGAGCAGUGGGGGCUGGCACUCGGGCAGCCAUCAUCGUGCGCUUCCCCUAACGUCCCCCAGCUUCCUUUUUGUCCCGGCACUGUGCUAACGCUAAAAGCAGGAUAUUCCCUGCCCUCCCAAGGGACACCUUCCACCCUCUUUAGGACGGAAUCUCAUCUGUCAAGCACUGUGUCCGCUUUUCCGGGCCUUGGGGUUCGUAGCCACCCCAAGCACGCUUGCCCGGCCUUCUGUACGGAGGCGUUUCUUGUGAGGUCCCGGCGCCAUCGCCCCGAGCGGGGACCAGAAAGAAUCGCCAAACCCAGGCGGCUGAUUUUCCUUCUCCCGUCUCAGUAGUCUGCUCUUGAGCUGUCAUUUCUGUAUGGUGGUAGUAGCUUAAUAUGUAAUUAGAUUAUCCCCCAGAAUGGCAAAUCAGCUGGGUGGCCAGUGUGACCUGGUGCUACGGAGUAGUUUGGAGUAGUGUGUAAAUUCCUCCCAAAAAGCUGUGAUUGUGGAACCCCCUCAUUUAUGCGCUCCCCGACAAAUGAGUGUGGACGGGGACUUCAGCAAGAGGUGCAGGUCCCUCUGUGGAUUUAUGUAUCUUCAAAUAAAUGUGUUUUACUUGUAA